UAAGUACACAGUGUGAUUUGAAAUCUUGUAGAAUUUAUAUUUAAUGAUUGUAAUAUCCAAAAAUAUGGCGCCCGAGUGAAGGACGCUUGAUCGAGAAUACGAAGCAUUAGAAAAUUUAUAGAAAUAAAGGAAAAAACUUCCGAGAGAAAUGAGUAAUCUUUCACCAUUCGGUGGAGGAAAGAAUCCACCUUGGGUUCGUAAUACAGGACAAGGUAUUCAAAAUAUUCAACAGCAAAUGUUAGGUCAGGCAAUGGGAACUAUUGGUGGACAACCUAUGGUUCAAUAUCAGCAACAAACACAGCAAGUUUAUCAACAAAGUUUAGGUUUACAACAGCCGAAUAUAACGAUGGCUUCAAUGACUACUCUGGGUUCUAAUCUACCAUCUGGAAUAGCUGGACAAUUAUAUCCACAAGUUGCUACAGUUUCUUAUCCAACACCAAGAGCUUUAAAUACGAAUGCAUUUCAACCAUCAGUAGCUGGUGUUCCCCAACAAGUACAACAAAAUGUACCUUCAUCGUCACCAAAACAAAGAGUCUUUACAGGAACAGUUACUAAAGUACAUGAUAAUUUUGGUUUUGUUGAUGAAGAUGUAUUCUUUCAAACAAGUGCUUGCGUAAAGGGUUCUAAUCCAAUAGUAGGAGAUCGUGUACUUGUAGAAGCAUCUUACAAUCCUUCUAUGCCAUUUAAAUGGAAUGCUACUAGAAUACAAGUAUUACCCAUGGGAAAUAAUAAUAACAAUACUAAUACACAGCAGACGAAUCAAGCUAAUCGACAACAAGUAAAUCGCCCAUCAGGAACUUAUAAUGCAGUGCCUCCUCCUGCAGAAAAUACAAAUAAUAGAUUUACAACUACUACAACAAAUACGAAUACGGCUAGUAAUCGUAACAAAGUUGGAAGAGUUAGAGAGAGAUCACCUCGUGAACGUAGGAAUGAAGAGGAAGAGAUUGAAAGAAAACGACGCCGAGAAGAAAGAAUAAGGGAACGUGAGAAAAAAGAAGAACGUAGUCCUUCAAGAACUAGAAGAAGUAAAUCUCCUAGACCUCGAAGACGUACUAGAGUAGUGCCACGAUAUAUGGUGCAAAUACCAAAAAUCGCGCUCGAUUUACCUGAAGCAGAUGUUCUUGAAGUAAGAAGACGUUAUCAAAACAUGUAUAUUCCCAGUGAUUUCUUUUCUACUAACUUUAGAUGGGUUGAUGCUUUCCCUCCACAUAUGCCAUUCACUCUUAACAAACCUUGCUCUUUUCAUGUUAUGCACAAGGAUGUAGAUUCAUGUAUAGAAAAUACUGCAGUACUAGAACCUUCGGAUGCUGAUUAUCUCUUUUCUGCAAAGGUGAUGCUUAUAUCAAUGCCUGCCAUGGAAGAAAUUUAUAAAAGAUGUUGUGGAGUCUCAGAGGAUAGAGAUCCAGAUCGUGAUUAUAUACAUCCUACUCGCCUUAUAAAUUUUUUAGUAGGCUUACGAGGUAAAAAUGAAACAAUGGCCAUUGGUGGGCCAUGGAGUCCUUCCUUGGAUGGACCAAAUCCCGAAAAGGAUCCUUCGGUUUUGAUCAGGACGGCUGUCAGAACCUGUAAAGCACUUACAGGCAUAGAUUUGUCCAGCUGCACUCAGUGGUACCGCUUCCUGGAACUCUACUACAGACGUGCAGAAACGACCCACAAGUCAGGGCGAGUGGUGCCCUCGCGCGUUGAAACCGUGAUACUAUUUCUCCCAGAUGUAUGGAGCUGUGUGCCUACCAGAUUGGAGUGGGAUGGGCUACAACUCAACUAUAAGAAACAACUGGAGCGAAAAUUGCUGCGUGCUGCCUCUAACCCCGACGAUUCGGAUGCUGCCAAUGACACUGAUGAGGCUGCCGUCGCUGAUCAAAAGGAUGAUAUGGCACCAGAAAAGAAAGAUCCGACCCAUUAUUCUCAGUUGGACCCAAAAUCUAUGAAUGUAAACGAUUUACGUCAAGAGUUGGUUGCACGAAAUUUGAACUCUAAAGGGCUAAAGUCACAAUUGCUUGCACGUCUUCUAAAGGCUAUGAAGUUGGAACAGGCUAAAGAGGAAGGACGUCAAGAUGAUGUAGAAGAUAAUGAAGAUACAUCACCACCUCCAAAAGAGGAUGAUGAAAAAAAAUUCAAGGAAAAUAAAGAUGUAAAGCAUGAUGAAGAUAAAAGAAAAUUAUACGAACGCGAACGAGUCAUACUUGAGAAAAGAUAUACACUACCAGAGUCUUCUCACAUUAUUGUGCAUCCAUCUAGAUCAGCGAAAAAUGGAAAAUUCGAUUGUACUGUAAUGUCAUUAAGCGUUUUACUUGAUUAUAGACCAGAAGACACGAAGGAACAUUCGUUCGAAGUGUCUUUAUUUGCCGAGUUAUUUAAUGAAAUGUUAAUGCGAGAUUUUGGUUUUCGCAUAUAUCGAUCAUUAUGUAAUUUACCUGAAAGACCUAAGGAAAAAGAUGAGGAUAAAAAAAAAGAUAAGAAAGAAGAUAAGAGGGACGAGAAAAAAGAUGAUAGAAGACGUGAAGAUGAUCGAAAAUGUAAUAAGAAAGAGGAAAGAAGAGACGAAAAAAAGAGAGAGGGAAGUAAAGAUAAAAAAGAUGAUAAGGAAGCAAAGAACAAAACUGACGACAAGGAUCGGGAGAAGGAAAAGAAUGACGACGAUGACGAUGAUGAUUACGAGGAAUCGGAGGAUGACGAUUCGGUUAAGGACGGUAAGAAAGAUCGAGACAAAGAUGGGAAAAAAAGAAAAAUAAAACUUUACACAUAUGAUCCUUAUUUACUUUUAUCCUUUGUAUAUUUUGAUCAAACACAUUGUGGAUAUAUAUUUGAUAAGGAUAUAGAAGAACUUAUUUAUACUUUGGGAUUGAAUCUAUCGCGAGCACAGGUUCGUAAAUUAGUACAGAAAGUGGUUACUAGAGAUUCUUUGCAUUAUCGCAAAUUAACGGAUAAAGCAAAGGAUGACAACGGGAAGGAUGAGAAGGAUGUAGAUAAAAGCGACAAUGGAAAGACUCAAAAUGAAGAAGAGUUAUUGCGUUCAUUGGCUCUUGGAAAUAAAAAAUUAUUACCUGUGUUCGUGUCAAGCGGACCACCUUCUAAAAGAGCUAGGAGAGAUGAUAAAUCUACAGGAAUAACUGAAGAAGAAUCGAUACCAGAGGGAUUUGUUAUAUAUAAAGGUUCUUUAUUAGACGUUGAGAAAUUAGUUGGUCAAUUAAAAAGAUCUGAAAAAGCUCGUUUAGAUACAGAAAACCGUAUGAUAGAAUUGCAAAAUGAAUUAGGAAUUGUUAAUGAAAAGUCACUAAAACAAACGAACAGUUUGAAAGGUUUGUCCGAGGAUUUAAAGAUUUACAAAGAUAAAUUAAGAUGUACAGAUGAAAAAUUUAAGAAAGUUUCGACUGAAUGCCAUAGUUAUUUAACUGCAGUAAAAAAUAUAUAUCAUAUAGCUUCAAAAAUGAUACAGAGUGAUAGCAAAAAAGUGGAAGUUGUAGAAAUACAAGAUGAGAAAAUUGUAGCAGAAGUUAAUGGCUCUGAGAUAGAAAAUAAAUGCAAAACUGAUACACGAUGGGGUGACAGUAAAGUUGCAAUAAAGGAUGAAACCGAUAAAGAUAGAAAAUGUGACAAUAAAAUUUCUAUUAAAAAAGAAAUGGAAAGCGACAAAGAGAAGAAAUAAAUGGAUAUUGUUAUUCAUAAUGGUACACAUAAACACAUUGGAACAGUUUCAUAAUAAAAUAUGAUCGUGUUCAGCAUUGUUAGAAAGCAACUAUGAUAUUAGUUUUUUCACGUAUGAAAGUCAGUGAACAACAAUUCGAUUUCAUAACAUUUUGCACCAAGUGGCAAAACAUAGAAAAACUCGUUAUACUAAUCAUAUAAUGAAUUAAAUGUUUGUUGAUGAAAAUGAUAAACAAUAUAACUAUGCGUUAUUGUUUUAAAUAAGAUCUAUCGACAUUUAUUUAAAAAGUAAAUUCUAGAGGAUAUUAGUAUAAAUUGGAUCUACCAUAAAAUGCCAGAUGGUAAUAAAGGAAUAAUUUUCAAAAGUGUGUUUAUAUGUAAUCUCGCAAUUUAUCAGCUAUAUGAAAGUAUUAAGUUAAAUUGCAAAAAUUAACUAAAAUUUUACAUGAAAUAUAAACUUUUAAUGUUUUAUGUUAAACAUUACAUUUUUAUACUCUUUCUCCCACACACAGGAUAUUUUUCUAAUGCAAUGGCAAAAUAACGAUAUAUUUUGCACAAAAUUUUUUUCUUGGUUUAUACCUUUCAAAGUGAUUACUGAUUUUUGCACCUGUAAUAUAUUAACAUUGCUUUCUAAGCAUAUUAUAUAUAUCAAUCAUGUGAUGUAUAUAUAUAACAAAAUAAGAAAAUGGCUUUUACAAUAUCAUUGAAACUGUAUAUUGUGGUUAUAUACGAUUAGUAAAUAUAAUUUUAACAUUAUGCAUCGUCAAAUAUGUCGAUUGUAUAUAAGAAAUCUGCCACCUAAAUUUUUAUAAACCAGCUAUAUGCGUGAAUAAUCUUGAAUUCGUAAAUGGACAAGAAAAUUAAACUAAGGAUAUUAUAGAAAAAAUAUGCAAUAACUAAUAUUUCAUCAUUGUACGCGACUUUUUAUCCUUUAAGUGGACAAAUCUUUUCGUCUAACAUGAAUUUUUUUAAUCCCGCAAAUACAAUAACCAUACCAUAAUAUAAAUAUAUAAUAUGUGAGUUGUGUCAUAUAAUAUAUGCAAUAUUGUAUUUUGCUCAGUGAAUAUCUCUUUGAAUGACAUUGUACAUCAAAGAAAUAUUUCUUUCUCCAAAGCACAUAACAUAUAGCACACACUGUAGUAUUUUGUACAUACCUGUGUUACUUGGAAAAAUUGUAAUGCAAGUAGCAGAUAUUACCAUAAAUUGAAAUCAUAUUACAUACGCAAAAAAUAAACUCAUACUCGAGCAGUGA